AAGUAGCUUUUUUUCCUGGGAAAUCGAAAAUGGUGGAUAACCUCGGAGGCAGCAGCUCUUCAUCAAUCAAUGUUGUUGACAAUGGUGGGAUGAUAAAGGAACAAGACAGGUUGUUGCCGAUAGCCAAUGUUGGUCGGAUUAUGAAGCAAAUUCUUCCACAGAACGCCAAGAUCUCGAAGGAAGCGAAGGAGACGAUGCAGGAAUGCGCGUCGGAGUUCAUAAGCUUUGUCACCAGCGAGGCCUCUGAUAAGUGCAGAAAGGAGAGGAGGAAGACCGUUAAUGGCGACGACAUAUGCUGGGCCUUAAAAGCCCUAGGGUUUGAUGAUUAUGCAGAGCCUCUUCAAAGGUACUUGUAUAGAUAUAGAGAGCUUGAGGUAGAUAAUCGAGCUAAUAACCCUAAUCAUCGUCAAGAUGGAGAAUUAGAACCUUGAGCUUUUGUGAAAUAUCAAUAUUCAGCUCUACUUAACUUCUCCUUUCAUCAGUCUCAAUAUUUUUAUGUAAUAAUAUUCACUCGAGAUUCUCGUCUCUCUUUAUAUAUGUAUUCAUGUUACUCUUUGCAAUUUGCGUGACGAAUCUUGGAUUAGUUUUUGACCUUGAACUAAUUUCUAUCAUGUUUUGUGAAUCUUUCUCAACUUCAAAUAGAAAAGAAUGACUUAAUUAUUAGUUUA